UACAAGACCAACUGGGUUCAGUCUCACGUUCGGAUACCCCACUCAGGGCUAGCCGAGCAACUCAUUGGCUUCGUAAAUAUAUUAUAAACACAUACAUGUGUCCUUUCUAGCAGUUUAUGUAGCACGUUCACUUGAUACUCACCUUAAGCCAUCAAAACCCUCACUAGAAUUUGCCGACAUUAUCUUCGAAUUAUCCUACAAGAUGCAAACCAAGAUCCUCUCUGUUCUUUUUGCAGCAGGUGCGUUCAUCGCCACUGCCACCGCUGUCCCUCAAGCGUGUACUCCUCCAGGCGGUGCAUGCACUGUGGGAAGCAGCAACUGUUGCCUCGGAGCCACUUGUGAACCGCAUGUCGCGGGAAGAACUGCGGGUGCUUGCGGUCAUUAACCGCACGCUCUCCACACUCUAUACUUGUACCUACCGGUUAUUGAACUUGAGGUUUUCUCGUCUAACAGAGCCUAAAGGCGAACUUGAUAUGAUGCUGAGCUUCGUCUCGAACUAGCUCUCAAUAGCUUUUGCAGCAAAUCCAAUGAGAUUUGUUAUUGUGGGAAUUACUCUACCUAUAUAUGCCU